AUGCACUCUCGAGUUGGCAGGAAUAAUCAACGUUACAACUCGGGCGGCGAGCGACUUGUCGCCGGCGUGGUGCCUCUGACGGCCGAUCAGAACUACGUCCUACUCAUCCAGUCGACCCGUCGCAAGGGUUGGGUCCUACCCAAGGGCGGCUGGGAAUCUGACGAGACAUGCGAGGAGGCAGCACAGCGCGAAGCGUGGGAGGAGGGCGGCAUCAGCAUACAGGUCGACUACACGCUGCCCAGCAUCGAGGAAAAGCGAGCGGCCAAGCCCUCCAAGGAGCGAGCCAUCUACCAUUUCUACCAGGCCACUGUCCUGAAGGAGCACGCCGACUGGCCGGAGAAACAUAAGCGUGAGCGGAAAUGGUUCACGUACUCCCAGGCACGCGCGGCCCUCGAAGCGAGGCCAGAGUUGCAGGCGGCCCUUGACGCAUCGACCAUGAAUCGCCUAUAG